CACCCGGACAUGUACGAGCGGGCCGUGCUGAGGAAAGACCACCAGAAGAAGUACGGGGCCACGGUGGACCUGUGGAGCAUCGGAGUCACCUUCUACCACGCAGCCACCGGCAGCCUCCCCUUCAGACCCUUCGAAGGGCCGCGCAGGAACAAGGAGGUCAUGUACAAGAUCAUCACGGAGAAGCCGUCCGGGACCAUCUCCGGACAUCAGAAGAGCGAGAACGGGAAGAUCGAGUGGAGCACCGAGAUGCCGGUCUCCUGCAGCCUGUCCAAGGGUCUGCAGAGCCUCCUGACUCCGGUCCUCGCCAACAUCCUGGAGGCGGACCAGGAGAAGUGUUGGGGCUUUGACCAGUUCUUCGCCGAGACCAACGACAUCCUGCACCGCACCGUGGUCUUGGUGUUCAGCCUGCAGCAGGCCACGCUGCACCACAUCUACAUCCACGAGUACAACACGUGA